UGGCUUAAAAUCCGUAGUCACCAUUCAAUCUACUACCGCGGAUACAUACACUUUCUCUUACGUUGGAUAAUAACACAGAGAAAAUAACAUCACAUUGAUUAUGAUAAAUGGCGGCAUGCGAGACGCCAUUUUCUGUCACGCCCACUCCGGCCCCUCUGGAGCCAGGUCCCGUGAUAACGCUGUAACGUUACCUAGCAGUUGACAGCAUCUCCGCCGUCUCCGUUUCUAAAAGCCAUGUUAUUCAGUUAGUUUAAAGAAUAAAACAAUAUAUAUUUUUACAAAUUCAUCCCCACAACCGCUAAAGAUGUUGUCUCGUUUACUGAAGGAGCACCAGGCGAAGCAAAAUGAGCGGAAGGAGCAGCAGGAGAGACGGAGACGUGAAGCCAUCUCUGCAGCCACCUGUCUGACGGAAGCUCUGGUGGACCACCUCAAUGUCGGAGUGGCGCAGGCAUACGUGAACCAGCGCAAACUCGACCACGAGGUGAAAACUCUCCAAGUGCAGGCGAGCCAGUUCUCCAAACAAACCUCUCAGUGGAUCAGUAUGGUGGAGGGCUUCAAUCAGGCCCUGAAGGAGAUUGGUGACGUGGAGAACUGGGCUCGCAGUAUAGAGAUGGACAUGAGGACCAUUGCCACCGCUCUGGAGUACGUUCACAAGGGUCAGCUGCAGUCUGCUUCCUCGUGAAGCUGGUGGUGGGACGCCGCCAUCAGUGAAGAUGCAGCAGUGUAGUAAUGCUGUUUCUUCUGUGAAAUGAGGUGUGAAAAAGGUGGUGCAUCUAUUUAUGGGGACUUAGAUGAAUGAACAACGUUCAGGAAAUCUGUUGGUGAACAAUGUGGGUGUAGAUUUCUUUUAAGGUAUCACAUGUAUGAAUUCACCUGCUUCUUUUCAGUUGCUAAAAACAAUUUCUGAAACUAAGGCCUAUGCACGAGAUACGAAAUCCAACUUGUAGCUUAUAAUGGCAACUAUCAACAUGUCCAUCACAAGCAAAACACUGUUAUUUACAGUCUUUUUUAGAAACGUAUCACACACAAUUAUUUCUAUCAUAAGAACUGCAAAACUACUGUUAUAUUAAAAGUCAUUUCCUCCAUCUCUCUAACAAAGUUGGCCCCUCCAUUGUUGUGCAAAAAGGAAAAAAACUAAUAUAAUUGAAUGUGUGCUGCUUCAAUGGCAGCGUUUAGCAAACAACAGUCUUUUAAUUUGUGAAAGAUGUCUAAUUUAGAUGGUUUGUUUUUAUCAUUUUAAAUCUAGUGUGAAGCAGACAAUGUGCUCGUUAUUUAGCAAACACUAACAACAGUAUUUGUGUGUCUGCGCUCAAGGAGGCGCGGACACAUUAGCACCUGCUUCCCUGUCGAGUAUCUCCUCAAAGUGUUCUCUAGGAAGCCUUCUUUUCAGCACCUGAUGUUUAAAUAGUGUGUAUAUUUGUAUGCGUUAUAUGUCUAUCUGCAGUGAUUCACUGACUAACUUUUGUGACCAUUUCACCAACUUUUUAAUAAAGUAAAACAAUUCA